AUACAUUGGGGGAAACACAAACGCCUAGUGCGCGCCACCUCGGUUUUGAAUCCCUCAAACUGAGCAGUAAACUCUGCAUGCCACCGAACGAUCUCCGCCGUCCGUUCAAGAGAACCGCCAUAUCUGAUCAAGAGAAGCAGGUAGAUAGAGUCUCUUCUCCGCCAGGCACAGAAUCGCAAAACGCCCAGCGCCAUACGAGUUUCUUAGUCAGCACGGUCCUCACUCUCCCCUCCCAAUCCUACGUACCAGAAUCCCAACCCGAACCACUCGAACUCGAACUUACCCGCAAUCCGUUUUAUCUGUCCGGCUCGAACUCGCUCGAGACCUCGACCGUCGUCGGAUAGCCUUCGAAGCUGAAGGCAGCGGAAAAGCUCGCAAGUUUUGGUUUCGCAAAGCAGCUCAUCCCGCGGAUUAGCAGGACCGAGUGGAUGAUCGACCGUCCCAACAACCUCGCCCAAGAUUGGCUUCUGUUCUCCUACCUAAGGUUUCCUUCAACCUCUCUUCUCAAUUUCGUUCGUCUUCGCUCGCCCUUCCGGUUUGGUAGUGUACACGGUUGUUUUCGUCGUUUCUUGUCAGGGCUGCAUUCAGGAUGCCUUGUACGGUUUUCAAUUGGGGAGGGAGGAUAUUUUGGGGAUGGGAAGCUGAGGAAAGCUGAUCUACAUUAUCUUGGGGGGAAGGCCAACCGACGCUC